UCAGUAAAUGUGUGUUUAUGGCAUUGCGUUAAGUCUUAUUUUUUUCACAAAAAAUCAUGUACAAAAGUAAAUAUAAUUUUACGUGGAAAAUCGAAAAUUUUUCUUUUCGCCCGCAUGACAUGGAAAUAUCGUGUCCCCCCUUUGAUAUUAAAAAUUUUAAAGCACUUACAGGAUUUUUAUAUCUUUUCCCAAGAGGAGAGAGUGAAGAAUGUUCUGAAUUUAUUUCAUGCAAUUUAAAUUUGAUUGCAGAUGACCCCAUUGAUUCUAUUCAAUGUGAAAUUGAAGCAAUUGGAGCCAGUGGAAAGAUAUUGAAAAGUUAUAAGUGGGAUACAUAUGCAAACCAAACCAUUAAAACGGAGUUAAAUGUUCCUAAUUUCUUGUCUAUCAAAGAUUAUGUCAGAGAUGCAGAAGAAUCUGCAGAAGAUACUCUUACAAUUUGUUGCAAAUUUCAUGACGACAUUUCUACUGAGAUUGUGACUGAGGAAGAUUUCUGGUGCUUGAAGAUUGGUGUCUAUCGGAAUACUUUUAAAAUGGAUAUACCUAGAGAGGAAACAACGAAACAUUUAUUAACUUUAGGAGCGAAUAAUAAUUUCGAAAUUUCCAUCACCGAAACAAACAGUAACUUUAAAGUUACAUUUACAAGGGUGGUUCCAGAAACCGAUUAUGAUGAACCAUGCAUUGUGGACUGUACUUUGACCCUGAUUAAUGAAUACCAUUCAAAAAUAUUAUCUGCGAGAGAAAAGCAUCAUUUUUCUUCAGAAAAUUGCUCAAAUUGGGAAUUUCCCUCAGAAUACCUUUCUGAACUAUGGAAGAGCAAUCUAAAUUCUUUGGAUGAUGAUAUGUAUAUUUAUUUUGAGUUUUCCGCUUCGAAUGGAGAAUAUUUACAAAUUAGCAUGCCUAAAUAUAAAUCAUCAUCUAUUCCCAACAAAUCAUCCUCCACAACAAGUGCUAAUCCUUCAUUGCAGGAAGACCUUCGAAAUCUAUUCCAUAACAAACAUCUCAGUGAUGUGAAAUUGCGAGUGGAUGGCGAAACUCUUGAGACACAUAAAAAUAUUCUAGUGGCUCGAUCCCCGGUGUUUGCUGCUAUGUUUGACCACCAAGACAUGGAAGAAACUCGCAGUGGCAUUGUGGACAUCGUUGAUAUUGAUGCCGACAUUAUGAAAACAUUUUUGGAAUUCUUAUACACCGAUAGAGUAGAUCAAAUAGAUUAUGAAAUCUCUAUAAAACUUCUGAUGGCUGCAGAAAAAUACCAAGUAUUGUCAUUGAAAGAGAAAUGUGCGAUGUUUUUGAAAAAUGAAAUGUCAGAGGAAAAUGUAUGUGAAAUAUUGUCUCUGGCUGAUGCAGUUAGUCAUGAAUUUUUAAAAUCAGCUUCCAUUGAAUAUAUAAUAGUGAAAUCAGCAACAAUUUUAUCUUCUCCCCAAUGGAUACCGUGGAUGAAAAACAAUAUGGAAUCUGCGACUGCAAUUUUUGCAAAAUUAACGCUAAGCCAAUCUUCAGCAAAAAACUGAGCAACUAGUAUUAGUUAAAUUUUGAACUCUGUUUUAUGGAUACCUUAAUUACUUUAGAUGUUAUUCAAAGGAACCUUGAAGCUGUGGCACGAUGUUCAUGGAAAGUGUGAAAUAAUGAAACUCACAUAACAGUCUAGCAACUUGGACCGAUGCUUCCAGAAACUACUAAAAUCCUGUAAAACUGUUGUUCUGUGCAGUUUCAAAACAAUAAAGCCAAGCAGAAAAGAACAUUUACGUAGAAUGACGAAUUCAAUAUACACUCAAAAACAUAUUUCAACCUAAGUCGCUUAAGAACAUGAAGAAAUUUAGAAAGUGAAAUAUUUGAUGAAAAGCAAAUGAAUAAAAUGAAAAUUUCAAGAA